AAUCAGUUAGCUUUGUACAUUUCGGGGUGUUGGUUGUAAUUGUGUGUUCGCAUCGCCGCAUUGGAGUAAUAUUUUAGGUGCACGAUAUUGGCCAGUUGCAGUGACAGAUUAUUGCUAACACAAAUUGACAGCGUGCAUGCCACGAGAAUUAUACAACGGUAGCUUAGUUGAAGUAGCAAAAAAAAAGAAUCUAACGAAAAAAUAAUUAAUGAAAUUCAAUUUAAUUGAAAAAAAAAACAAAAAAUAUUUUAAAAAAUUAAAAAAAAAGUAUCAAAAAAAAUUUCAAAAAAAUAUUAUCUAAAAAAAAUUCAAAAAAAGUUAUUAAAAAAAUUAUUGAAAAGGUUAUAGAAAAACUUUCGAAAAAGUUAUCGAAAAAAAUUUAUCGCAAAAGAAAUUAUUUUAACCCAAAAAAAGCCUCUCAUUAAAAAGCAAUUAUCGUUAAUUUAGUGAGCGUCAUAAAUCAAAGCUGUUCAUACAUAUCUACUGUAGAUAAAAUUUGAAUUUUCUAAGAAAUUUACUAAAUUUCGGCAUAAAAGUAAAAGUGUAAACGUUGCUGGACGCCAACUUGGUAGCCAACGGGAAAACAGCUCUUAACCAUAACUGCCAUAAAUUCAAAAUUCAAAAUAUUUAAGUUCGAGGAUUUGCCGAUAAGGCCCAAGAUGUCUCUUUUCGGCGGCAACAGUCACUCCAUUUCCGAGGAAGAGAUCGAUGAAUAUUCCGAUGGCACCGUAAAGCUGCGUAAUUCGAACAUCGAACUGAUGGAUCAAGAUAUUCUCUACCAUCUUGCUCUGGGCAGUGAAAGUCAUGAUUUGCACGAAAUGUUCGGUGAUGUUAAAUUUGUUUGCAUGGGCGGAACACCAAAGCGUAUGGAAAACUUUGCACAUUUCAUUAUGGGCGAAAUUGGUUAUAAAUUACCCGCCGGUACAAAAUUGGAAGACAUCAGCGCCUAUUCAUAUCGCUACUCAAUGUACAAAGUAGGUCCAGUGCUUUGUGUUAGUCACGGCAUGGGAACACCCUCUGUCAGCAUAUUGUUGCACGAAUUGAUCAAACUCAUGUAUCACGCCAAGUGUCAAGACCCCAUAUUUAUACGUAUUGGCACUUGUGGUGGUGUUGGAGUUGAGGGGGGUACUGUUAUCAUCACCGAAGAAGCGCUCGAUAGCCACAUGCGGAAUGCGCACGAAUUUACAAUUUUGGGCAAAACUGUUUUGCGACCUGCCAAAUUGGAUAAGAAACUGGCACGUGAGCUGAAAGCGCUUGCCAGUGAGGAUGAUCCUUAUGACACGAUUAUCGGCAAAACUCUCUGUACAAAUGACUUCUAUGAAGGUCAAGGUCGUUUGGAUGGCGCAUUCUGCGAAUUCACCGAAACCGAUAAAAUGGAAUAUUUGGAGAUGUUGAGCAGCAAAGGUGUGGUCAACAUCGAAAUGGAGAGUACCAUUUUCGCUGCACUUACAUAUCAUGCUGGCAUUAAAGCGGCAGUCGUAUGCGUUGCGCUAUUAAAUCGUCUAAAUGGUGAUCAGGUAAACGCACCCAAAGAGGUAAUGCACGAAUGGCAGAAUCGGCCGCAAACGCUCAUUUCCCGUUACAUAUGCAAAACGUUGGCGCAGAAAGGGCAACUGAAGUCACUCUCCCGAGGCUCAAUAAAGUCGCCACGACGCUUCAAGCUGGUGCAACAAGAGUCACAGGCGCAUGAAUAAGCGCCACAAGUGUUUUAUAACUAAAUAUAUAUAAACGAAUAUAAAUACUUACAUACCUACAUACAUACUACAUAUAUUGACGAAGAUCAUUUGUUGCCAGUUAACUUGCCAGUCACAAUGGGUGGUAGAGCGCAACAUACGCAUUAGAUACUAUAUACCACACAUACCCACAUAUAAACAUACACAAUAUUAAGAUUGAAACAAAAUACAAUUAAUUGCAUAUAGAUGUAUUUAUAAAUAUGUUAACAAGUAAAUUUAAUAAUAACAAAAACAAAAUGUUAAAAGACACUCCAUACGAAACAUUCCAAAUACAAAAAAAAGAAAAUGAAGCGUUAAAAGACCAAAAACUAAUUGUUAGCCAGUGUUGCACAUGCAAUUUUUUUUAAGAAUAUAAUAUACAAUGAAGCACAGCAAUUUAUUAUAGAAAAAUCAAUUUGCUGAAACGUUUAAAAUAUCGGUAUUUAUAUAUAUGUGUAGCGGUUUGUUUAAUACACGCUUUAUUGUGGAAGGAAAAUUUAAUUUUACUUUGUAUUUAUGCUUAUUUAAGUGUUUAAGUUAUUUAAUUACGAAAUUAUUUUUUAAGUUUUCGAGUUUUUAAGCAAAUAAAUAAAAUUUCUAAAGAAAAGCAA